CGCAGGGGCAGGAGAAGCGUCUAGGGCUGUGUUCGAGGACGCACGUACCCUAAAGAAACUCUGAAUUUUGAAGUUUCGAGUGUGAGAAACGACUGCCUUGCCCUAUUCAAAGAUGGCGGCGCAGCAUUUCUGACGGUUUCGCUCUCAUGCGUCAGCCAGAGAAGCGCUCUCUGAUUGGCUAAGACAAGGCGCCGUGGAGUGACGUAUGGGAGCACUGACCAAUCGACUGUGAGCUGAGGUGGACUUGGCGGUGGAAGCCGGAGCCGAGCGCUGGAGUCCGUGGGGGCGCGGAAGGCUCUGUCCAGUUUCCUUUUAGACCAUGGCAACAUACCUGGAGUUCAUUCAGCAGAAUGAAGAGCGAGAUGGUGUGCGUUUCAGUUGGAAUGUGUGGCCUUCUAGCCGCCUUGAAGCCACAAGAAUGGUUGUUCCCUUGGCUUGUCUCCUUACUCCUUUAAAGGAACGCCCAGACCUGCCUCCUGUACAGUAUGAACCUGUGCUUUGCAGCAGGCCAACCUGCAAGGCUAUUCUCAAUCCACUUUGUCAAGUUGAUUAUCGAGCAAAACUUUGGGCUUGCAAUUUCUGUUUUCAAAGAAAUCAGUUCCCUCCAGCAUAUACAGGAAUAUCUGAGGUGAACCAGCCUGCUGAAUUGAUGCCUCAGUUUUCAACAAUUGAGUACGUCAUCCAGCGAGGUGCUCGAUCCCCUCUGAUCUUUCUCUAUGUGGUUGACACAUGUUUGGAGGAAGAUGACCUUCAAGCACUCAAAGAGUCUCUGCAGAUGUCCUUGAGUCUCCUUCCUCCCGAUGCUCUGGUUGGUCUUAUCACUUUUGGGAGGAUGGUGCAGGUUCACGAGUUAAGCUGUGAAGGAAUCUCCAAGAGUUACGUCUUCCGAGGGACCAAGGAUUUAACUGCAAAACAGAUACAGGAUAUGCUGGGCCUGACCAAGUCAGCUAUGCCCAUGCAGCAAGCAAGGCCUGCUCAACCUCAGGAGCAGCCUUUUGUUUCCAGCAGAUUUCUGCAGCCCGUUCACAAGAUUGAUAUGAACCUCACUGAUCUUCUGGGGGAGCUGCAGAGGGACCCAUGGCCAGUAACUCAGGGGAAGAGACCUUUGCGGUCCACUGGUGUUGCUUUGUCCAUUGCUGUUGGAUUGUUGGAGGGUACUUUUCCAAACACUGGAGCCAGGAUCAUGCUGUUCACUGGAGGCCCUCCCACCCAAGGGCCUGGCAUGGUGGUUGGAGAUGAAUUGAAGACUCCUAUUCGUUCCUGGCAUGAUAUUGAGAAAGAUAAUGCGCGGUUCAUGAAGAAGGCGACCAAGCAUUACGAGAUGCUUGCUAAUCGAACUGCUGCAAAUGGUCACUGCAUUGAUAUUUAUGCUUGUGCUCUUGAUCAAACUGGACUUCUGGAGAUGAAAUGCUGUCCAAAUCUUACAGGAGGCCACAUGGUGAUGGGAGAUUCUUUCAAUACUUCUCUUUUCAAGCAGACAUUCCAAAGAAUUUUUAGUAAAGACUUCAAUGGAGAUUUCAGAAUGGCAUUUGGUGCUACACUGGAAGUAAAGACUUCUCGGGAGCUGAAGAUUGCAGGAGCUAUUGGUCCAUGCGUGUCUCUGAAUGUGAAAGGACCAUGUGUGUCGGAAAAUGAGCUUGGUGUUGGUGGCACAAGUCAGUGGAAAAUCUGUGGCCUGGAUCCCACGUCUACUCUUGGCAUCUACUUCGAAGUUGUCAAUCAGCACAAUGCCCCGAUUCCCCAGGGAGGCCGAGGUGCCAUCCAGUUUGUCACUCAGUAUCAGCAUUCCAGCACUCAGAAGCGCAUCCGAGUGACCACCAUUGCCCGCAAUUGGGCAGAUGCUCAGAGUCAGCUGAGGCACAUAGAAGCAGCAUUUGACCAAGAGGCUGCAGCAGUCUUGAUGGCACGGCUUGGAGUGUUCCGGGCAGAGUCAGAGGAGGGACCUGAUGUGCUCCGGUGGCUGGAUCGGCAACUCAUCCGACUGUGUCAGAAGUUUGGGCAGUAUAACAAAGAAGACCCCGCGUCUUUCAGAUUGUCAGACUCCUUUUCUUUGUAUCCUCAGUUCAUGUUCCACCUGAGAAGAUCUCCAUUUCUUCAAGUGUUCAACAACAGUCCCGACGAGUCGUCUUAUUACAGACACCACUUUGCCAGGCAGGAUCUGACCCAGUCCCUCAUCAUGAUCCAGCCCAUUCUCUAUUCCUACUCCUUCCAUGGACCCCCAGAGCCUGUGCUCCUGGACAGCAGCAGCAUUCUCGCUGACCGAAUUCUGCUGAUGGAUACUUUCUUCCAAAUUGUCAUUUAUCUUGGUGAGACCAUAGCCCAGUGGCGAAAAGCUGGAUACCAGGACAUGCCUGAGUAUGAAAACUUCAAGCACCUUCUGCAGGCACCACUGGAUGAUGCACAAGAAAUUCUGCAAGCACGCUUCCCAAUGCCACGUUAUAUCAACACAGAACAUGGUGGCAGUCAGGCACGAUUCCUGUUGUCUAAAGUUAAUCCAUCUCAGACACACAAUAACUUGUAUGCUUGGGGACAGGAGACUGGAGCGCCCAUCCUGACGGACGAUGUUAGCCUGCAGGUGUUCAUGGAUCACUUGAAGAAGCUGGCUGUGUCCAGUGCCUCUUAAACUAACAGCGCAGCCCAGAAGUGGAAGACAGGACUGUCAGACCAUCUUCACACUGUUGAUAUCACCUUAGCAACAUUCCUUUCUCCUUUCUGGAAGAUUCUAAUAAAUAACCCAAAGAAUUUUUAUAUGUAUAUCUUCAGGUUAUAAUACAUCUUCAGGUUAUAAUUUAUUUGUAUUCCUUCUCUGCCUGUUUUCCUACAUGUGAGAUUAUAUAAGGUCAUAAAUGUUCUGCUAAUUGUAGAUGUUUACUCACUUUUUGUACUUUAAUGUUUUAGAGUCUUUGUAAAAUCAGAGUUUAUGUAUUGUUGGCUGCUUGUUUAAGUGAACCUUGAUGAUCAUAAAGGAAAUAAAUCUGGAUGAGAAGAGCAUUGGCCAAAAUAA